GAAUAUAAGGGGCGCUUGGCUUGCAAGGACCCUGAGAUGCGGCGUUGAAACCUGAGCAGCUUAAGUCUGCAGACCCAACCCAACUCGACUGAAGUCAGCCUCACUGAACCGGAUCUGAGAAUCUUCGCCCUCUGGGCUUGCCACCGCUCUCUGAUACCAAAGCCCCGCCUCAUCGCUGGUGCUCACAGGUCAGCUUAGCCUAGCGGACCGAGGAGGUGGGGGAACCUUUGCCUUCUCCCGAGGGCAAAGACUCAGGUGGAUCGCUGUGGGCUUGGAAAAGAGGGAUAAGAUUGAGAACCUAGCAUCCUCUUCAAUUCCAACUAGAAUGCUGUGGCAGGCGCUUCGAAGGUUUGGUCAAAAGCUGGUGCGGAGACGUGUGUUGGAGCUGGGUAUGGGUGAGACCCGCCUUGCCAGAUGCCUGAGCACCCUAGACUUAGUGGCCCUGGGUGUGGGCAGCACAUUAGGUGCAGGUGUGUAUGUCUUGGCUGGUGAGGUGGCCAAAGAUAAAGCAGGACCAUCCAUUGUGAUCUGCUUUCUUGUGGCUGCUCUGUCCUCUGUGUUGGCUGGAUUGUGUUAUGCUGAGUUUGGUGCCCGGGUUCCCGGCUCUGGUUCUGCAUAUCUCUACAGUUAUGUCACCGUAGGUGAACUCUGGGCCUUCACCACCGGCUGGAAUCUCAUUCUCUCCUACGUCAUUGGUACAGCCAGUGUGGCACGGGCUUGGAGCUCUGCUUUUGACAACCUGAUUGGAAACCACAUCUCUCGGACUCUGAAGGGGACCGUCUUACUGAAUAUGCCUCACGUUCUUGCAGAAUAUCCAGAUUUCUUUGCCUUGGCCCUUGUGUUGCUGCUCACUGGAUUGCUGGUUUUGGGGGCGAGUGAAUCAGCCCUGGUUACCAAAGUGUUCACAGGGAUGAACCUAUUGGUUCUCGGCUUUGUCAUCAUCUCUGGCUUCAUUAAGGGAGAACUGAGAAACUGGAAGCUCACGAAAGAGGACUAUUGCUUGACCAUGAGUGAAUCCAAUGGCACUUGUAGCUUGGACUCUAUGGGAUCUGGAGGUUUCAUGCCUUUUGGCUUGGAAGGGAUUCUCCGUGGCGCUGCUACCUGUUUCUAUGCCUUCGUUGGUUUUGACUGUAUUGCAACCACUGGGGAAGAGGCUCGGAAUCCCCAGCGAUCCAUCCCCAUGGGUAUUGUGAUCUCACUGUCCAUCUGCUUUUUGGCUUAUUUUGGUGUGUCUUCAUCACUUACCCUGAUGAUGCCUUACUACAAGCUUCAGCCUGACAGCCCUCUGCCUGAAGCAUUUUCUUAUGUUGGCUGGGAGCCUGCCCGCUACUUGGUGGCUAUUGGCUCCCUCUGUGCACUUUCUACUAGCCUUUUGGGCUCUAUGUUUCCUAUGCCUCGGGUGAUCUAUUCAAUGGCAGAAGAUGGCCUCCUGUUCCGUGUCCUUGCUAGGGUCCACAAUGGCACACAUACACCCAUUGUGGCCACCAUGGUAUCUGGUGUUAUUGCAGCGUUCAUGGCGUUCCUCUUUGAACUCACUGAUCUCGUGGACCUCAUGUCAAUUGGGACUCUGCUUGCUUACUCCUUGGUGUCCAUUUGUGUUCUUAUCCUCAGAUAUCAGCCUGACCAGGAAAUGAAGGAUGGUGAAGAGGAAGUGGAAUUGCAAGAGGAGGAGACACUUGAAGCAGAGAAGCUGACUGUCCAGGCUCUAUUUUGUCCUGUCAACUCCAUCCCAACACUUCUUUCUGGCCGAAUUGUCUAUGUUUGUUCCUCACUGCUUGCUGUACUACUAACUGUUCUUUGCCUGGUGCUGACCUGGUGGACAACUCCACUUCGUUCUGGAGACCCAGUGUGGGUCACAGUGGUUGUGCUGAUCCUGGGGCUCAUUCUUGGAAUUUCUGGGGUCAUCUGGAGACAGCCACAGAACCGCACUCCCCUUCACUUUAAGGUGCCUGUUGUUCCUCUACUCCCAUUGGUGAGCAUCUUUGUGAAUGUUUACCUGAUGAUGCAAAUGACAGCUGGCACUUGGGCUCGAUUUGGGAUCUGGAUGCUGAUUGGAUUUGCUAUCUACUUUGGCUAUGGGAUCCAACACAGUGUGGAAGAAGUUAAGAAUCAUCAAACUGUACCCAAAACAAGGGCCCAAACUAUAGACCUUGAUCUCACCACUUCCUGUGUUCACAGCAUUUGACCUAAUCCUACCCAAGUGUUGUCUAGUUCUCCUGCACAAUAAUGAAGAGUACUCUUGACCCCAUGGAGAGCUAGCUGGGCCUCUCAUGUGGUGUUGGUGACAGAUAUGAAACAGUGUUCUGUAUUUCUUGUGAAAUGAUGGCCAUGUCUUUGCUGUUUCUCAUUUGUUUUUAACUUGUCCACUUUGAAAUAGUCUCUGUAGUUGUUUCCUGGCUUUGAAAAAAUGUUAUUAAAAGAAAAUGGG